AUGUCGCAACACGCAUUGUCCGACCAGCAGGUCGACAAUGAGCUCCGCAAGAUGACGGCCUUCAUCAAGCAGGAGGCCAUGGAGAAGGCCCGCGAGAUUGAGAUCAAGGCCAACGAGGAGUUCGAGAUCGAAAAGUCCAAGCUCGUCCGCCAGGAGACCGACGCCAUCGACGUCCAAUACGAGAAGAAGUUCAAGCAGGCAACCAUGUCCCAGCAAAUCACCCGCUCUACCGUCUCCAACAAGACGCGGCUCAGGGUCCUUGGCGCCCGCCAGGAGCUGCUCGACAGCAUAUUCGAGGAUGCUCAGAAGAAGCUCGCCGAGGGUGCCAAGGACAAGGGCAAGUACCAGAAGGCGCUCAAGGGUCUCGUGCUUGAGGGAUUGUAUGCUCUCAACGAGCCCGAGCUUCAGGUUCGCGCGCGCAAGAAGGACUAUGACGUCGUCAAGAAGGCUAUCGAUGAGGCUUCCAAGGAGUUCAAGAAGCAGCUUGGCAAGGACGUCACGGUAAAGCUUCAGGAGGACCAGCCCCUCGCUGACGGAAUUGCCGGCGGUGUGGUUAUCAUUAGCGGAGACGGCAAGAUCGACAUUGACAACACCUUCGAGGCUCGGUUGCGGCUCCUGGAGGACUCUGCGGCUCCCGCGGUGCGAGAGGCCCUGUUCGGAAAGAAUCCUAACCGCAAGUUCUUUGACUAA